CGUCUCCUCAUCCAUUCACAGCGGUGGUGCGGAAUGUUUGCUAUUUUUUUCCUCAGUUCACCAUGAAAAAUGGACAAACACCGCAGUUUGUACAGAGAUGACAAUCUAUAAUGGAGAUUUACGGAUACAUACUCCUGCUGCAGGGCUUUCUUUUGCUCGGUCCCACAGCUGCAGGGGGAGGGCAGACUCAGGCAGAAGAGGCCCAGAGGCAGACACCUUUCAGCUUAGAGGAAGUAGUUAUUGUGAUUCAGAGUCAACAAAACCCCUUCCACGCUCGACGAGGAGAAAUCAAAAAGAAGGAACUAUUGAAGCAGGCCUCUCAACUGGGACAGGAACCUCCUCACAUAAUUCUUCUUCAUGAGUUUUCUGAUUAUGAGGGCGUCUGGAGCAUCCUGCCUGCGCUUCCUCUCUUUUCCGCUUCCUUUGGCUCGGCUUCCUGGUUUUUGUUCAUUGAGGAAGAGACUCAAGUGUCACUGAAUUCACUGCUCACUGUGCUCAAGAGAUAUCCAGCCUCAGAGGAGUGGUUUCUAGGCAGGCGUCUCCAUGACAGCGAGGCCUCUAUCAUUCAUCACUAUGCCUUUGCUGAGGACCCCAGUGUCUUUGGUUACCCCGACCCAGCCGCGGGAUGGGCCCUCAGUUCUGCUCUACUCCACAGACUCGUUGAAAGGAUUCACCAUGAACACUUGAAAUCAGAUUUUACCAUCGACCUGAAACACGAGAUAGCCUUGUUUAUCUGGAACGAUGGAAAGGGACCUAAACUGACUCCUGUUCCAGAGUUUUGCAGAGAGGCCAAGGACCACUGUGUGACCACCUUCACCUCAUAUCUCCCAAACUGUGCACCUCCUGUGUCAAAAAAGGACAUAUUUGUUGCUGUGAAGACGUGCCAGAAAUUUCAUUCAGAGCGAGUGCCUGUAGUAAAGAAGACGUGGGAGAGAGAUGCAGAGCUGCUGGAGUUCUACAGUGACGUCAGCGAUGAGUCCAUUCCCACCAUCAGCCUUGGAGUGCCCAACACAGAUAGAGGCCACUGUGGAAAGACAUUUGCCAUUCUGAAGCGUUUCUUGAGUGAUGCUGUGCCAAAUACUGACUGGUUACUGAUCGUAGAUGAUGACACACUCAUAAGUUUGCCCAGGCUACGUCGUCUGCUGAGCUGCUAUGACCCUAAAGAAGCUGUGAGCCUCGGGGAGAGAUAUGGCUAUGGACUGGUCCAAAGUGGGUACAGCUACCCCACAGGAGGAGCAGGGAUGGUGCUGAGUCGCGUGGCUGUGUCUGAGAUCGUGUCCAGCGGCUGCAGCUGUUACACUCUAGAUGCUCCUGAUGACAUGGAGCUGGGAAUGUGCCUCAAAACUCUGGACAUCCCUGUCACACACAACCCACUCUUCCACCAGGCCCGGCCAGAUGACUACGCAGAGGCACUUCUGUCUUCAAAGGAGGCGAUUUCAUUUCACAAACACUGGAACAUCGACCCCAUUGCUGUUUACAACAACUGGCUCCGUGACACUAACCAGCGAGACGAACUGUAAAGACAUUUUGUGCACCUUAAAGUUGAAUUUAUUAACAAAAAGCCAUGGAAAAAGUAUUCAAAUGUUGGACCAAAUGCUAUACAAUAUUAUGUAAGCACACUUAAAUACACAGUGUAGACACUUAAUAAAGUGAAUGCAAUUGGCUGAGAUCAGUAUUUAAAUUAGGGGAGUUUUAGUGUAGGGGAAAUUAUUUGUAUCCCAUAAUUGUAAAGAAUUGUCUCAUAAUUUGUGCCUUUUAUUACAUCUUGUGACUGGCCUGUUUUGGAAUGACUAAAAAACACUAUAUUGUUCUGUAAAUUGCAACAUGAUUAAGAAUCCACUUAAUUAUUUGUUGACUAGUGAUGUGAGGUCUAAUAUCACAAUAGUAAUGUACCCUUACUCAUUUUAUUCCUAGUCAAACUGCCUGGAAAUGUUGGCAGAAUCCAGUCAUUACAUUGCAAAUUAUUCUGCCUUUAAGCAAAUAAAUUAUAGGUCCUAUAUUACGCAAAAUUGACUCAUGUGAACUUCUAGUUGUGUUGGAAUGUUGUUACCUCCUCAAAAACUACCCGUAGUUGACUGUCUACAUCUCCAAAGCUCAAAAUGCACUGUUCCACCUUGUGAUGUCAUGUAGUGAUAGUUUACAAGUUAACAGCUACCUUUUACCUGUAGUUCAGUAGAGAUUGGCAAUUCCAGGUCUGAAAUCAUCCAGAUUAUUCUUGUGAAGGUGUAUGGAGUUUAAAAACACAGUGGAGCACUUCCUGUAUUACCACAUGACAUCACAAGGUGUCACAGAGUGUUUUCUAUUUGAGAGAAGAACUCAGCCAUAAUAUGCAGGGUUGUGUGUUUUAUGUGUGAAUGAAACAACACAACUCCAGAUAUUUUGUGAUGAGGAAACAACUUUAGAAGAGAUCAGAGAAUAGCGUAUGAGCAUAUGAGCCUUUAAGAAAGAAAUACUGCCAAAUAAAUAUCUUACUUUGCUAGGCUUUGAUGAGAAGCUAAACUAGUCAACAUAUGUCAUUGUUUUUUUUUUUUUAGAUAAUAGAUUAUUGCAUAUAAAUAUCAAAGAGCAUAGUAGUUUGAGGUGAGAAAUAACAUAUAGCAUAAUGCAUACACAUAUGUACAUAAAAGUGGUAGAGAAGUAUUAAAAAAUAAAAAUAUAUACGUGUUAAAUGUGUAUAUCAUGCAGUCAAACUUGGGGCCUUACAGUUUAUUUUAUAUUUUAUACAUAGAAUAUCUCAAAUAUACAGUAAAUGUGAUAAAUAGUGAAAACUUUAUGCAAAAAUAUGAUGUUUCUUAUUUCAUAUAUAAUUUGUGUUCAGACCUUUUCACACUUUCAGGUUGAGGGAGGAAUUUAUUUACGUGCCAGUAUGACCUUCAUUAUAGUCAUUAUAAAGUGUAUGUUUUUCCCUUCAUAAAUGCAUAUAAUUUACUGUCACCUCCUGGUAUUUAAUGAAAUGAAAAGUAUUUUGUAAUAAAUGGAUGUUGCUUUG